UAAUGUUAUUCACAGAUUGUCUUUGUUAAAAUAAAAAUUUUGCUGUAUGUUUUGUUAGGUGGCUUUAUUCACAGGAUUCUUUGAGCAGAGAUGGAGUUCACAGCGGAGGCAGUGGAAAGUUUUCUCGGCUCGACCCAACCUGGAAAAGAAAAUGAGUUCUGGAUCACAUAUGACGGGCACAUCGGGUAUGGAUACGGGAUACCCGAGCAACCCGUAGCAAUCAAGAAAUCGCGUCCCAAGGAUUACGAAUGCCUAGAAUUAAGAGCUCAGUUUAAGAACGAACUUAUGCCGAAGUCAAUCAACCACACUAACAUUGUCAAGUUGGUUGGCUAUGCCGAAUCGGAUACCCACUUUUACCUUGUCUACGAGAAGAUUCAAGGGCGCACUCUUGAUCAAAUGAUUGAAGGUAAUUGGCAUUUGAUAAAAUCAUUGGUUUAAGCUAGCUGAGAAUAUUCAAGUUAAUAUCGGUUCAUGAUUUGUAUUUGAAAUAUAUGCACAAGCUCUACUAAAAUGUAAGGCCCUCU